UUGUCACGCCGUAAGGAAAGAAGAAAUCCGCUAAACCGUCCAAAAACCUAAUAAAACAAGGAGAAAUCACGUCAAAAUGCAUUCCAUGUUAAAGCGCAUGAGGCAGGACUUCAACGUCUACGUCGGGGCUGAAACGGGCGUGCUGAAAGGGUUGCACUUAAACCAGAAGGCCGUAAUCAACAAAAAUUUCAACAACCUUCAGUCGCUGGAGCGGGGACAGGAAAUCACAUCCAUGAUUUGAAAUGAAGAACAGGAGGAGAUAAUGAUGGGGCUACAUAAUCAAACCAUAAGAGUAUUUGAUGUCGGCAUAAAAGCAUUCACUUCAUCAAGGGAAAUCAAAGUUGGAGAAGGACCUAUCGUCUCCCUGGCAAAGUGGAAUGAUGUCACUGUAAGUGCUGUUAAGUCGGGCCAGAUCACAGUCUGGCACAGCGAUGAGGCCAAAGAAAUCAAUGCGCUGAAAUCCGGAGAGUUUUUGUCACGCAUGAGACAAGACCCUCAGUCACCAAAUAUGAUUGCAACCGGAGGAAAGGAAAAUGACCUGCAGCUUUGGGACCUGAAUAAACCAGAAGAACCUAUAUUCAAAGCCAAGAAUAUAAAGCCAGAUAUGGUACAGCUAAGAGUUCCAGUGUGGGUGUCCGAUAUGACAUUCCUGAAGGAGCCAAACUGCAUUGCUCUUGCUACUCGGCAUGUCAUAACAUCCUGUGCGAUAUUCAAAAGCUUUGCAGGUGCAGUUCGAGAUAUCGUUGUUCACCCACACCUGCCGCUGGUCUUCUCAGUGGCCCUCGAUAGAUUCCUUCGAGUGCACCAUCUCGAGACCGGAAAACUCAUACAUAAGGAAUACUUGAAAUCGCGGUUAAACUGUGUGCUCGUCCGGGAUGACUUUGAGGAAGGCGACUACUCCCGACCGGGGAAAAACCCCAAGAGGAAGUGGAUGGGAGAAAUAAAGAGAUCGAAGAGGAACUGGAAUACGAUUCAUCAGAGGAGUCCUGUGAAAAGAUUAGGAAGAUUGAAGAUGAUGAAGUAUGGUAGGCUCUUUUGGGGCGGAUGUGAUGACAGGCUUCAUAAUAAAAGGCUCAAAAAGGCACUUCACAAGUACUAUUAG